AUAUUUCAAUCAUUAGAUUGUGCUCUUGAGUAAAAUAUGCUAAUAUCCAUUAAAGAAUGAAAACUAACAUAGCUUUCAUAAACCUACUUUUUUAGAAAAUUAAUGGCAUCGUCUUCAUAGUUGAAAAUCCUCCCAUCAUGAGUCUAAAGUCUUAGAUUGUUUGUGUGUUGAAAACUCUAACGUCUACUCAACCUAAUUUGAACUUGUUAUAAAUUUAAGCCGUAUUUGAACAUUGAAAUUGCACCCAAAAAAAUAUAUUUGAACAUUGAAAUUUGCUUUUGUAAUCCAAUCCCGGAGAAAACUGUAAUUAGGGACGGAAAUGUCUAGUCUGAGUGUUCCUACAAUGCCGGUUUCAACUCGUGAUGAUGUUGCUAAACUCUACAAGGCCUUCAAAGGAUUUGGCUGUGAUACUUCAGCAGUGAUCGAUAUUCUUGCUCAUCGUGAUGUUUCUCAGCGAGCAGCUAUUAAGCAGGAAUAUGAACCUUUGUACUCUGAAGAGCUUCUCCAUCGGUUGUCAAAGGAGCUCAGCGGUAAACUAGAGGAUGCGGUUUUGCUCUGGAUGGAAGAUCCAGCAACACGCGAUGCUGUUAGUGUGAGGGAGGCAUUGGUUGCAGAUGAUCUCAGAGGUGCCACUGAAGUUAUUUGUUCUCGUACACCUUCCCAAAUACAGAUCUUCAAGCAGAUCUACAAUGCAGAGUAUGGGGUCAACCUAGAGCAUGAUCUAAAAUAUUAUACCUCUGGAGAUCACCAGAAGCUUUUGCUAGCAUAUGUAAGUGUACAGCGUUAUGAAGGUUUCGAAGUUGAUAGAACGCUUGCUGAUAACGAUGCAAAGACCCUCUAUAAAGCAGGGGAGAAGAAAAUAGGAACUGAUGAGGACAAGUUCAUUAAAAUUUUUAGUGAGAGAAGCAGGGCACAAUUAGCUGCUGUGGAUUCAACCUACAAUAGUAUGUAUGGACAUUCCAUUAGAAAGGCUAUAAAGAAAGAAACAUCCGGGCUCUUUGCAUACGCUCUUUUGACAAUUCUAAGAUGUGCAGAAAACCCAGCAAAAUACUUUGCGAAGGUACUACGAGAAGCAAUGAAGGGCUUGGGAACCGAUGACACGACACUCAUCAGGGUUAUUGUAACAAGGGUGGAGCUUGAUAUGCAGUACAUUAAGGCGGAGUAUGAGAAGAAAUAUAAGAAGUCACUGGUUGAUGCAGUCCACUCAGAAACAUCAGGCGAUUACAGAAGUUUUCUUCUUGCUCUCCUGGGUCCGAAACAUUGAGGAUAGUAGAGGAUACAUUUGUGGCUCUGUGCACGCGUGCCUGUAUAGCGCGCAUUAAGCUAAUUAACAAAAGCAUGUGCAAUAAAUAUAUUUACUUCCAUUCAGCUUAUUAACAACAUUGAAAUUUUCAGUCUUAUAGAGUACUUCGUAUAAUUUAAGCAAAUUAAGCCAUUUUUUAAUUUCAAGCUCGACGAGUAACAAUUAGCACUCUUAAGUUCCUCCAUUACUUAUUAAAUGUCAAUUUUGCUUCUUGAACACGAGCGUUGUCCCAGUAAUCU